UAUAGCGAGAGCAUGCCCCUAGCAGAAACUGCCGAACACAGAAAUUCCAGAAAGAGAAUUUAAAUACUGUGUGUCCCUAAAUAUCUGCACCGGAAGGGAUGGCGGUGGGAGACGUGUAACAGGCAUUUAAUUCCCCCCCUCUGAUUUUCUCCAUUUGGUUUUUCCUUCCCAGACUGUUCCAAUGCGAGAGUCUCGCUGCCGACUCCUGCAGCUCCUCCUCCCGGCCGGGCCAAUGACUCACGGGGGGCGGAGACUACCGCUGGGCCUGCAGAGACUGCCCGCCCGGCUCGCCCGAGCUCGCCCGCUGCUCGCCAGCCCCCAGGAGGGUGGAGAGAAUUCGAACGCUUCCGCGGUUGGCUACUUAAUGUCCUAGUCUCAAGUUGCCUAACCUUGCGGCUGGCGUUCCUAAUACAGAUACGUCGUUUCUUUUUAAUACUCCCAAAGAAACAAUAGCUGUCAAGCUGGCGGAAGCAAUGGUUCACAUAAAGAAAGGCGAGCUGACCCAGGAGGAAAAGGAUCUGCUGGAAGUCAUCGGAAAAGGUACUGUCCAAGAAGCUGGAACAUUGUUAGCCAGCAAGAAUGUUCAUGUCAACUGCCUGGAUGAGAAUGGAAUGACUCCUCUAAUGCAUGCUGCAUAUAAAGGAAAACUUGAUAUGUGCAAAUUACUUUUACGACAUGGAGCUGAUGUAAAUUGUCAUCAACAUGAACAUGGAUACACAGCCCUCAUGUUUGCUGCACUUUCUGGUAAUAAAGACAUCACAUGGGUGAUGUUGGAAGCUGGUGCCGAGACAGACGUUGUCAACUCUGUAGGAAGAACAGCAGCUCAGAUGGCAGCCUUUGUGGGUCAACAUGAUUGUGUGACUAUAAUAAACAAUUUCUUUCCUCGAGAGAAACUGGAUUAUUACACUAAACCCCAGGGACUGGAUAAAGAGCCGAGGCUGCCCCCAAAGUUGGCAAGCCCACUGCACAAAAUUAUCACCACAACAAAUCUUCAUCCUGUCAAGAUUGUGAUGCUUAUAAAUGAGAAUCCUCUGCUGGCAGAAGAAGCAGCUCUGAAUAAAUGCUACAAGGUGAUGGAUUUGAUUUGUGAGAAAUGUAUGAAGCAAAGAGACAUGAAUGAAGUACUGGCUAUGAAAAUGCAUUACAUCAGCUGUAUCUUUCAGAAAUGUAUUAACUUCUUAAAAGAUGGAGAGAAUAAAUUGGACACUCUGAUCAAAAGCUUGUUAAAAGGCCGACCUUCUGAUGGCUUUCCAAUAUAUCAAGAAAAGAUCAUUAGAGAAAGUAUCAGAAAAUUUCCUUACUGUGAAGCUACACUCCUCCAGCAGCUGGUGCGAAGCAUUGCUCCUGUUGAAAUUGGUUCUGAUCCCACUGCAUUCUCUGUACUUACCCAAGCCAUCACUGGUCAGGUGGGUUUUGUGGAUGUUGAAUUUUGCACUACCUGUGGAGAAAAAGGAGCAAGUAAAAGAUGCUCAGUGUGCAAAAUGGUAAUAUAUUGCGAUCAAACCUGCCAGAAAACACAUUGGUUUGCACAUAAGAAAAUCUGUAAGAAUCUCAAGGACAUUUAUGAGAAGCAACAGUUGGAGGCUGCCAAAGAAAAGAGUGAAGAGGAGAACAAUGGCAAACUUGAUGUCAGUUCUAACUGUGUUAAUGAAGAGCAGCCAGAGGCUGAAACAGGAAUCUCCCAGGAGGACUGCAAUCCUAAAGAUUCUGUGGAAGGGGAGAGAGAAUCUCUUCAGAGUGAUGCUGGGCUGGAAUGCUUACAGGAUGCUCCUGUAGGUCCACAGCUGUCCGAGGAGUAAGAGCCGGAGCAAGUGCCAGCGUGGACAGUCCUCACCCUGGCAGGCAGCUGGAAAACCCGCGAGACUGUGUCCUCCUUGCCUCCACACCUGCAUGACACUGUGGCAGGAUUCCACAUUUCAUAGAAUACGUGCUCCAGCAAAGCUCUGUAUACCACGCCCUAAUUUCCUACUGAUUCUGUUCAAUAAUUGGUCAGAUAUUCCUAGGGAGAAUUUUUUUUCAAAAUAUAGGAGAAACAUUUCUAUUCCCUUUCUGAGGCAGGCUUCCCAGCAGCUGUUCUCAAAGGAAAAUAAAUCCCCUUUUAAAGAAGAAAUAUAGGCUUUAGGGAACAAAGAGGCAAGCAGAACAGUUGUAGGAGAGAGGAGAUUUUCAGGAAAGAAAAAUUUUAUAGCCAUAGAGAUGGGUAGUUAAAAGAAUCAUAACUUAUAUGUAAAUAAAAUGCAUAUAAAUAGCAUUUACAAUAGUGAAGUUCUACUUAUUAAGGUGCAAUGAAGAUAUGGGGACAUAUGUAUAUGUACAGCUGAUUCACUUUGUUAUAAAGCAGAAACUAACACACCAUUGUAAAGCAAUUAUACUACAAUAAAGAUGUUAAAAAAAAAGAUGCAAUGAAAUGAAGAAAAGCUACAUGUUAAAGGAUCUUUGCCAUAGUUCAGCUAAUUGUAGUUUUUCUAUAGAAUUUAUCCUGAGCAGCCUGAACUUUAUAUAGUUCUUGCAGUGGUGUUUUAUCUACAGUCUUUGUACCUUCAGAAAUGUCAAAUCCCCCAGGAGGAACUAAGGCAUAGCCACAGUUAUCUCAGCAUGUGCAUUUAAAAAGAUGUUUGACGAAAUUGUCAAUUAAACAAAGGCUAAACAUACUGUGUCCACAAUUAUUAUAAAACUAAUUCAUGUGCCAUUUUCUACUUGAAAGGCUUUUUACCUUCCUGUAAGCUUUUCAUGUGGCUCUUCCUGUCCACAAACUGAUUUGUAACUGUUACUUAUAGACUGUCCUGGCAUCAGUUUUUAGUGUCUGAGUAUUUAAAUAAAGCUAGAGUAUGAGAUCUGAAGAUAGUGCUGUGUUUCAAAGUUUCUUGUGUUGAUUUGUAAAAUAAAUUCUGCCUACUGAUACAGCC